AUGGAUCAACUCGUGCAGUGCCCCGUCUGCACCCUUUACCUUCAUAAUGGGAUGACGCUGGAGUCCCAUUUAGACACGCAUCCUAAAGAUCAAGUCAUAAAAGCAUUGUGUAGUUUGACAUCAAAGGGUAGCAGUUAUGGAAGCAGAACAUCUACACCUUUGCAUUCUGAACGGUCAUUUAGAAGCAGAUCUCGGACACCGGCUACAGAGGACAGGUGGAGUGGUUCACACCGUGGUGCAGAUCAGGACAGGUACUGGCGCAGAACACCUAGCAGAACUCCAAAGACCUCAUCAAUAGCAAGUGCAUCCAGAAAUGGCACACCUGACAUUAGAAUUGGAGAAAUAAAUUUUGAUAACAACUCUUUGACUCAUAAUAAUGCAAACCAUUAUGGCAACACUCCAUUUGUGAUGAAAUCAGAUAAAAUGCAACAAACUUAUCAAAGCCCGGCAUUGCCUGAAUUUGAUCAACAAUAUAUGUACUACCCAGAUCAACAGGAUGAAAGAGAGGUGAAAUACUCUAGGAGUGCGGAGUAUAGUGCAUUAGAUAAUACUAGUGGUGUUUUUACAUAUAAUAUGCCAUCUAUAGGAUCUGGUGUAAAGUUACAAACAACAUUGCUACCUCCAGUGCAUAGAAGAGGAAAUGAUGGUCUUGUCAAAAUAUUACCAAAAUCAAAUAAUGUAUUUGUCAAGGCCAACAUGGGUGGGGUGCAGUAUUUAUCUCCUGGUGUCAAGCCAAUGCACGUCAUGGUGCCUACUACACCUACAUUUGUACAGAAGAAUAUUCAAAACAAUAUGGUUAUGACUAGUGGCCUACCCACUACUCAGGUUCUUGAGACUAAAACUGUAGCUCCUCCUAUGGGCAGUAAUCAAUUCAACCAAAUAACACCUAAUACCUUUACACCAAGCACUACAGUAGUUACUCAAAACUCACAGAUAAUUUAUCGAGAAAUGCUUCACAAUAUUGAUGGAAAACCAUUCAUAUCAAGUGUGCCUGCUGUUUUAAGCCAUGAAAAUGUUACUAAUGUAGCUCAGGCUGGUUCUCUGUACCAAAAUGUAAUGGUUGUUGAUCAGUUUGGUAACACCUCAUGUAUGUAUACUGCUCCACAGCAAAUUAUCCCGAAAGCUUGUAAUACUUCAAUUUAUAAUGAAACAUCACACUUACCUACAGCUCUUAACAAACCUGUCUCUAGUCAUGAUUCCAAUAAGACAUUAAUUAUAGAGGUAGGACCAAUAGUCCCUCCCACAACAGUGGAUGAUAGUGAUUCCAGUUCAAUACAACCUAUUCAAUCUGAGGUAAGCAGACCUCAGAGCAGUAAGUCUGAACAACCCGAAAGGACAGAAUCCAGAACGGAAACUCCAGGGUCAAGUAAAGGUCUUAAAAUAUUGAGCAACAUUAAAGUGGAAGUACCGGUGCAGCAUCACAAGAAUAUGGUAAACACUGUAAUGGACUUGACUGGAAGUAAUGACUUGGAGCCAGAAUAUAUAGACCCACCUGGUACACCCGAAAAGAUUGUACCUGAUCUAGAAGAUACUCCUACAACUUUGGUUGAAUGUACACAACCUGCCGUAUCAAGUGGAGAAAGUUUGAUCUCUUCACACACAUUUUCUGUGAUAAAAAAUGUUGGUAAUCCUCCCUCAUACAAGGAUGCAAUAAGCAAAUCUUCUGUAGUUGAUAGUAAGAUGGAGACAGAAUUUUCAGAUUCCUGUCCAGUUCCAGAUUUAAUAUGCAAUGAAAAGCCUUCAGUGUCACCUUGUAGUGAACUGUCUGAGCAAGGUGAGAACUCCACUGACCGGACCUCAAUAUCGCCUAAGCCUCACAACAGUAAAAGUUGUACAAAUACUGUAGAAAGUAGUACAAUUAAUAAGUCCCUAAUACUGCCACAAAAGCCUGUUAGAAACAACACAUUAAGACUGAACAAUAUUUAUGUGAAAAAGCAUAAGAAGAUUCUACAGAUUAAGAAUGCUAAAUCAUUUCCUGUAAAUAGUACUUCAUACCAAAUAGAUCUGGAGCCUGUGGCAUCGGCUUCUACUAGUAAAUCACCUGAGCAUUAUACAAUGAACAAAAUUCAUCACACUGACAAUACUGAUAUAAAAGAAAAUAAUAACACAUUAGAAACUAUAUCUGUAGAACAGAUUAUUGACCACAAUCGAAAUGAAAAUGACUUUGAUGCUGAUACAGAGGAACGGUCUAGGGACAUUGAGCCUGUGGCGCCAUCAAGUAUGACCAACUCUGAUCAGUUUACAACAACUGUAGAAGUGAAAGAAGAAAUUAACACUAGCAAUGAAGAAGCAUUUAGCAGUGAAAAUAAUACGUCAAAUCGGGUGUUGACGCCACUUGAGACUCUACGGCCCAUUAAUGUAAUAACUUACGGUAAUAUGCCGCCAAGUGACUUUGAUGAUGAAUCAAAUCAUAGAGAAUUGUUGGAGCUAGAAGCAUCUUCUAAAAAUAAGCAAUUUGUGAACAUGAUGACUGAUAACUAUUUCGGUGAUAAUAUUUAUGCAGAUUACUUCACAGCGGACCGUGUAGGGUCAUUUGAUGCUGAAAGAGGGGAGACAUCUUUCGUUAAAGAUAUCCCAAAAGAUGGAAUUUAUAUCUGGGGGGAACCAUCUCAGAAGGAGAGUGAAUUUGUUUUGCCAAAUUUUAUACAUGAAAGCUAUAAGAUAGCUGAGAGCAAUGGUAUUGAUUAUUCCGACAUGGAUAGAGAGGGACACUUAGAUGGCGACGGUGAUGCUUGUGAUCGAGAUAGCAAAGCUGAUGUUCUGAGUGAGAGUCACAGUAUAGGUGAACCACCAUUGAAUAUUCAUGCGGAUGAACGAAUGCCGCCGCGGGGGGAGAUCAGCGGCCAGGAGAGCAAUGGGGAUAUGGAAUCACCGUGGAGUGGCAUGUAUUCGGACGUGGCGGCUGCGCAACCGUGCGAUUUAAUUGCACGAGAGAGCUGGGUCUCCGAUGGCUCUGAAGUGGACGCCAAUGAGAAGCGUGACACACUGGAGGAUGAACUGCAGUACUCCAAGAAAAUGUACUCGUGCAACAAUUGCAGUGUAAAGUUUGCGACGCCGAAGGAGCUCCGCGCACACAAGGCUCUGAUGCACGCGCUGCCGACCUGCUCCGUCGCCAAGACCACGUACAGCCGCAUGGUGACUGCAAGGACCAUCAAGAAAGAGGAGAAACCUGAUGACAGUAUUACCACCAACCUUCUAUCGCUGACCACAAAGGAAUCAAUAACAUCCACGAUAUUGCAAGUGUAUGAUGUGAUGAACGAAGCCAAACCAAAACUUGAAGGUCUGAUCAAACAGGAGACAAAACGGAGACGCAAGGAUUUCAUAUGCCCUACUUGUAAGAUAGACCAGCUCUCAGAUAUAGCAUUCCAUGCUCACCUCAAGAUACACCCGCUGGAGUGUCUCACUUGUGGGAAGUGUUUCUUCAAAAGAGCCAACCUAGCACUGCAUAUCAAAACGCAUUUAGGAAUUAAAAAUUACAAGUGCGAGGUGUGCGAGAAACGUUUCCUGACGCGGCAGAAGCUGUCGGAGCACCACAACACGCACACGGGCCGCGCGCCCGUCAAGUGCACCAUAUGCGACGACACCUUCCGACGGUACUCCAACAUGGUGCAGCAUCGCGACCGCCAUCACCUGCAGAAGAAGGCGAAGGUGCGCGAUUACGUGUGUCAGUGCGGCGCGGUGUUCCACUCGCGUGCCAAGCUGCACUGGCACAAGGAGACACACGAGGAGAGGCCCAAGGCCUGCCUCUACUGCAGCGACAAGUUCGUGCACGCAGCUUCGCUCACGCGCCACGUGCGCCGCUCGCACAACGAGUACUACCUCUCGGAGCGGCUGCGCGGGAAGGUCGAUAAUGUGCCUUGUCCCGUCUGCAAACAGGUGUACCUGCGAACGAAUCUACGAGCGCACCUCCAGACACACAGUGGUAAACGGCCAUACCUGUGCAUCAUAUGCAACAAGGCAUUCACCACCAAAUGGAACUUGAAGCUACACCGCUGGACUCACAUGAGUCGCUCGGCCAAGCCGUUCAAAUGCACGCUCUGUAAAGGGGCCUUCAUUCGACACACCGAGUAUAUAUCCCACAUGAACGCGCACAAAUCCGUCAAGCCCUACACAUGUAACUACUGCGGCUGUCAGUUCAUUAGGAAAUACAAUUGCCAGCGGCACGUCCGGGAACAUGAAAUGGCAAAGAAGUACGUGUGCAAAGUGCCCGAGUGCGGUAAGUCGUUCCAUCGGAGCUAUUACUUGUCUGAACACAUGAAAGUUCAUAGUGGCGCGCGGCCGUUCUCAUGCAACAUCUGUGGUAAAACAUCCAGCAAUAAGUCCAACCAUAAUAAACAUGUGAAGAUACAUCACGCGCGGGAACCGGUCGCCACAGAAGCAUAG